UUUAUUUGUAAACCUCCAACAAAUAAGCAACUUAGUUUAUAAUGUAACAAUGUUAUUUCACAAAAUGUGUUUAAAGAAAUUAAAAUUGUCUCAUAUGUUCUUUAUAAAUAGUUUAGUUGUAUUUGUUGCAGUAUCUGUAACUAUUUUUAAUUACAUUUAUUUAACCUCAAAUAUGAUUAUUGAUGAAGAAUUUCAUCUUCCUUUAGGAAAAUUAUAUUGCAACUUUGAUUUUUUUGUGUGGGAUCCUAAAGUAACUACCUUGCCAGGUUUAUACAUAGUAAGUUCAAUGAUUAUGGGUCCACUCAGUUUAUGUACAACAUAUUGGUUGCGAUUUGUAUCUUUGGUGUUUUCCAUUAUCAACAUACUGCUCUUUUACGUCCUUUUUGAUAUAUAUGAUAAGCAUGAAUGGGGUAAUAUUUUUUCAUCUCUAACAUUAGCUUUACUUCCUCCAUUGUAUUUCUUCAGCCAUGUUUACUAUACUGAUGUGGUAUCUUUGACAAUGGUUUUGUUAAUGAUGGUAGCAAGUGAAAAAAAAUGUCAUUAUAUGGGAGCUAUAUUUGGCAUGGCUGCUAUAAUUUGCCGCCAAACCAAUAUUAUUUGGCUUUUACUUAUAUCUGGAAAAUAUGCUUUAACAGAAAUGUACAAUUGUUGUUCAGAUAAGGAAACUUUAAGGAGAGGAAUUCCUGUAAUAGAAUUCAUAACCUUUCUGACUGAAACAAUCAAGAACCCAUUGAAUAAAUUGCGUAAAAUGACUACCACAUUUUGGUGUAAUGUAAUGUGGUAUAUUGCGAUAAUGUUAAUAUUUUUAGGAUUUUUGAUCUACAACGGAGGUAUAGUUGUGGGAGAUAAGACUGCUCACGUAUCUACAAUACAUAUUCCACAACUGUUCUAUUUUUCUUUGUUCUGUCUGAUUUUCUCUUGGCCUCACUUUGUUGGGGAAGUUUCAAGCUUUCUUGCAUUUAGUAGGAAACACAAAAUAGGUAUUAUUGUAGUCACAUUACUAGGAUUUUUAAUUGUUAUGUUUAAUACCCAAGUGCAUCCCUAUUUACUGGCAGAUAAUAGACAUUACAUGUUUUAUAUUUGGAACAGAUUUUAUCAAAAGUAUGUUUUGUUUAAAUAUGCCAUUGUACCAGUGUACAUAUUUGCUUGGUAUGUUAUUGUCAAAUUGCUUUAUGACAAAGAUGAUAUAACAUUUUUAUUCUUUUACUUGGUUUGUACAACGAUAGUAUUAGUUACUCAGAAAUUGAUAGAAGUUCGCUACUUCCUUAUACCAUACAUACUUUUCAGACUGAGAUUAAAAAGCAAUGCCAAUAAUGCAUUUAAUUUAGUUUUAGAAUUUGUAACUUAUUUGUUAAUUAAUCGUAUAACUUUACAAUUGUUCUUUACCAAAGUUAUUACUUGGAAUGAUUAUUCUGAGUUUCAAAGAAUAAUCUGGUAAGUGUAGGCAAGAAGACAGUCCUGGAGUUUUUAUUAUUUAGUAGUGUAUUUAUUAAUGCUAUGUGAUGACAAAUGCAACACUAAGAUAUUUUUAUACACUAGUCCAGUUUAGAAUGAAACAAUGAUAGACUUUACUGGAAAAUUUAUUAAAGGUCUAAGUCAUACAGGGAUAUGGGUAAUGAAAAAUACAUAUGAGAUAGGCCCAAUUUUUGGGCGUUGGCCUUUGUUUAUAUAGCAUAUUAAGUUAGUAUGCCUCAUCAAUUUAAAAAAAUAAUACAUAAGAGUAUGUUAUAAACGAAAUAUGGUUCAAUAACGACACACUAUUCAUUCACAGAACAAAUAUUCAUAUAUCUCAUAGUUGAACCAUAAACUAUAGGAAUCAAUAAAAGUGGAAAACUUAGGUUAAGAAAAGUAAAGAAUUAAGCAUUAAAAAUAAUUAAGACAAACUCUUAAAGAGUAAAACUUAAUUUGGUCUCAGGUUAAAGAUUAAAAACCAAAGGGAUGAUAUGAAAAGGUGAAAAAAACAUGCGAAAUAUAGGAAAAAAGGAGAAAUAAAUUGGAAAAUAAAAAGGUUCCAUAAAUUAUAUAUGAAAAUGACCUGAUAAAUAUAAAUGGGUAAAAAGUGAAAAUAGGUAUACAAAUACUAUAAUAGAGGCAUACAGUUUUAUAUAAAUAACAAAACCUGACAACGUCUGAAGAAUACCUUCACUAAAUUCAUUAAUUCCUCCUUGACCAGUGGUUGUGUUUAAAAAUGAAGUAUUGGAAGACAUAAUUAUUAUAAAUAUACUCAUAGCAACUUUUUAAUCAAAAACUCUCGGGACUGAUCUUUUUACUGUCAUGUUUUGUGAUAUUUGUUAUAUGAUAAAAAUAUUUAAUACCAUGUGUAACAUUCCAAAAUUUCACAUUAUUUUAAAUAAUAGAUUCAUUGUUAAUCUAAUUAUUUCAAAAGAUAUAUUAAUUUUAAGCAAUAAUUACUAUUUUGUAAGAAGACUGUACUAUUACUAUACUAUUGACUGUCAAUAA